AUGGCUGGAGCGCUGAGUGUCAACAGCCUCCCAACAAAGAGGCAGCUGUCAUCAACACAAUCACUGUUUGACACCCCCGAGAUUCAACAUGACUUGUCGGCAUCAAAUAUUGAAGGUGCUUGUAGAGAAUUCGCCGCUAUCUUGGGUCCUGAGAACGUCUCAACAGAACGUACAGACCUCAUUACCCAUUCCGGCUCAGACUAUCAGUCGUAUGCCUGGACUGAAGAGUCAGCCAUCCUUUCACAAGUCAUCCUCUACCCUGAGACUACAGAACAGGUCUCAGAGCUUAUGAAAGUAUGCUUCCGACGUCGGUUGCCAGUCACGCCAUAUUCAGGAGGGACAUCGAUUGAAGGGCAGUACAUACCCCAUUUGCAGGGUAUAUGUAUCGAUUUUGGUCGAAUGAACAACAUUGUAGAGCUGAACAAGUAUGACCUCGACUGCGUUGUGCAACCCGGUAUUGGUUGGAUGGACCUAAAUGAGGAGUUAGCGGCCCAUGGUCUGUUCUUCCCCCCAGACCCUGGUCCCGGCGCCAUGAUUGGAGGAAUGGUCGGCACAGGAUGCUCUGGAACAAACGCUGCGGCUUAUGGGACCAUGAAAGAUUGGGUCCUAUCACUCACGGUGGUUCUCGCCGAUGGCACGAUUAUCAAGACCAGGCAGAGGGCGAGAAAGUCAAGCGCAGGCUAUGACCUGACGAGGACCUUUAUCGGCAGCGAGGGAACCCUUGGCCUCGUCACGGAAGCUACACUCAAGCUGGCAGUCAAGCCACCCUGUGAGGCCGUGGCCGUGUGCACAUUUCCAACCCUACGAGACGCGGCCUCGGCAGUUCGAGAGGUGCUAUCCAAUGGUCUCCAGGUUGCAGCUGUUGAGAUCCUUGAUGAAGUACAGAUGAAGAGCAUCAAUGAUUCUGCUUUAACGAGAUUGAAGUGGAAAGAAGAACCAACCCUGUUCUUCAAGUUCACCGGGAGCGAUGAGUUCAUCGUGGAUCAUCUUGCCAAACAAGUUGGAAGUAUCACGAAGCAAAACCGCAGCACGGCAUAUAAAUUCGCCUCCGACGAGACGGAACGAAACGAAUUAUGGUCCGCAAGGAAGAAUGCCCUCUGGAGCAUGCUCGCCAUGAGAAAGUCACCAACUGACAAAGUCUGGACUACUGAUGUAGCUGUACCUUUAAGCAGGCUUCCUGACAUCAUAGAGUUCGCUAAGGCCGAUAUCGAGAAAUCGGGCUUGCUCGGAUCAGUCGUUGGGCACGUUGGUGACGGGAACUUCCAUACACUACUAUUAUUUCCCGAGGAGAAGCGUCAUAUCGCCGAAGAGGUCGUCCACCGAAUGGUUGAUAAAGCCAUUGAGAUGAAAGGUACAGCGACGGGCGAGCAUGGCAUCGGACUUGUGAAGAGGGACUACUUGGAGAAGGAACUCGGUAAAGAAGCUGUGGAUACGAUGCGAUCGAUGAAGAAUGCAUUUGACCCAUUGUGCAUACUGAAUUGUGACAAGGUGAUACGUAUGCAGGCAGCAUAA